CCAGCAGCGUGUCUGUGGAAAUAGAAAGAGCUGGAUGUAAUGUGACACUGGAGCUGAGAGAUCAUGAGAGAACACAACAUACUUCAACAGCGCGGCGGAUAUUAUCACUCCUCCUCCGGCGGGAUUUAACCGGUCAGAUGAGCAACUGAUGGAUUAGUGACGUUUUACUGUUCGGUCCUCAGGACGCAGAACAUACACAGGGUCUGAGCGUUGGAUGGCCGGGCAGUAGGGUCAGAGACGGUCCGGUCCGGCAGGAUGAAUUCUCUCCCGUCCAUGGACAGACACAUCCAGCAAACCAACGACCGGCUCCACUGCAUCAAACAGCACCUGCAAAAUCCAGCCAAUUUCCAGACGGCGGCGACCGAACUGUUGGACUGGUGUGGAGAUCCACGAGCGUUCCAGCGGCCCUUUGAGCAAAGCCUGAUGGGAUGCCUAACGGUGGUGAGUCGUGUGGCCGGUCAGCAGGGUUAUGACAUGGAUCUGGGGUAUCGUCUGCUGGCUGUUUGUGCUGCAAACAGAGACAAAUUCACCCCCAAAUCAGCAGCGUUGCUGUCCUCAUGGUGUGAGGAUCUGGGUCGACUUUUGCUGCUGCGUCAUCAGAAAAGCAGACAACCCGAUCCAUCUGUGGGCAAGAACCCGAUGCAGGCCAACAUCAACAGCAUGAAACCAGCGCUGUCACAUGGUGAUGCAUCAUUUCAGUAUGACUCCGUCUCCUGGCAACAAAACACCAAUCAGCCGCCGGGCUCGGUUUCCGUGGUGACCACUGUAUGGGGUGUCACCAAUACAUCACAGAGUCAGGUGUUGGGGAACCCCAUGGCGAACCCAAACAGCCACAUGAACCCUAUGACGGGAGGUAAUGGAGGGAUGAACCCGGCACAGUUUACUGGACAACAGCAGUUUCCUGCCAAGGCCAAUCCGAAUCAGGCCUACAUGCAGCCGGGGAUGUACGGGAGAUCCAGUUACCCUGGAGGAGGAGGAGAGGAGGAGGAGGAGGAUUCGGGAACAGGUUCUUACGGGGGCGGUCCUAACCACGCAGGUGGGAUGGGCCUGCCUGCACAGACACGCCCCCCUUCAGACUUCAGCCAACCAGCAGCUGCUGCCGCCGCCGCCGCUGUGGCCGCCGCCGCCGCUACGGCGACCGCUACCGCCACGGCAACAGUUGCCGCGCUGCAGGAGACGCAACACAAGGACAUGAACCAGUACGGCCCGAUGUGUUCCUCCUUUCAAAUGGGACCAAACCAGGCUUACAGCACUCCGUUUGUGAACCAGCCCGGCCCCCGGGGGCCCCCCGCUCACCCUGGGGCCAUGAACAUGGGGCAGCCGCGGGGCCAGAUGGGGCCGUACGGGGGUCAGAGGACGCCCCAGCAGGGCUAUGGGCCACGGCCGGUGCAGGGGGUGAAGAGAGCCUAUCCUGCAGAGGGGAGCUACGGGCAGCAGUUUGGACCAAACGGGCAGUUUUCGUCUCAGCAGGGUCAGUAUCCGAAUGCUGCCCCCAGCAGAGGCGUCUCUUCACCGCAUUACCCCGCUCAGAGGAUGCCCACUCAGUACCAGACCCCCGGCAGCAUGGGACAGUUCUACAAGGAACCCAGCAAUAACUUCAACACAGGAAACUUUCAUUAUAACGGGCCUCCCCGGCCGAUGGGCGGUUACCCUCACUCUCCAUUACCAGGCGACCCCACGCCUCCCGUGACCCCAGGAAGUAAUAUGCCACCAUAUCUAUCGCCGAACCAGGACAUGAAGCCCCCGUUUCCUCCUGAUAUCAAACCCAACAUUAAUGCACUGCCGCCUCCUCCAGGUAACCCUACCGAGGAUCUCCGUCUGACGUUCCCGGUUCGGGACGGUGUGGUUCUGGAGCCGUUCAGACUGGAACAUAACCUGGCUGUCAGUAAUCAUAUCUUCCACCUGCGGCCCACUGUCCACCAGACACUCAUGUGGAGGUCUGAUCUGGAGCUUCAGUUCAAGUGUUAUCAUCACGAGGACAGGCAGAUGUACACGAACUGGCCGGCUUCGGUGCAGGUCAGCGUCAACGCCACGCCGCUCACCAUCGAACGGGGCGACAACAAGACUUCCCACAAACCCCUGCACCUGAAGCACGUGUGCCAGCCGGGCCGAAACACUAUCCAGAUCACAGUGACGGCCUGCUGCUGUUCGCACCUGUUUGUCCUUCAGCUGGUUCACCGGCCGUCCGUCCGAUCGGUGCUGCAGGGGUUACUGAGGAAGAGGCUCCUCACGGCCGAACACUGCAUCACUAAAGUGAAGAGGAACUUCAGCAGCGUGGCCGUGUCUGUCGCCGGCGCCGGUCUGAACGGUGAUGAUGGAGUGGAGCAGACGGCCAUCAGAAUCUCUCUGAAAUGUCCGAUCACCUUCCGACGCAUCCAGCUGCCGGCGAGGGGCCACGACUGCAAACACGUGCAGUGCUUUGACCUGGAGUCCUAUCUGGAGCUGAACUGUGAGCGGGGCACAUGGAGAUGUCCGGUGUGCAAUAAAGCGGCUCUGUUGGAGGGUCUGGAGGUGGAUCAGUACAUGUGGGGGAUCCUGAACGCUCUUCAGAACUCAGAGUUCGAGGAGGUCACGAUAGACCCGUCCUGCAGCUGGAGGCCGGUGCUGAUCAAAUCAGAGCCGCACAUAAAGGAAGAUCCGGACGGGCUCAUGUCCAAGCGCUUCAAAACCACCAGUCCCAGUCAGAUGGUGCUGCCCAACGUGAUGGAGAUGAUCGCUCAGCUCGGCCCGGGAGCGUCGCCGUACCCGCCGCAGAACAACAUUAACACCAUCCAGUACAUCAGCCCAGGCAACCGUUUCCAGGGCCACAGUAAGUUUGGUGACUAUCCCCAUGGCAACGCAUCAUCAUCAUCAUCAUCAGCGAAUGAGUUCGUUCAGGGGCCGCACCUGUCUCACCCCCCCACUGACCUCUCGACCUCUGACAGCCUGACACACACACUGCAGGACCCUACGCCUCAAUCCCACAAUCCUCUGCAGCACAGUGUACAGCCGUUACAUCACAGCGGCCCGCCCCACGCCUGCAGGCCGCCGCCCAGCCAGCUCAGCUCCGCCCCUGGCAGCCACAUGCACCCAGAGAUGACCUUUAACCCCUCGGCCAGCCUGGAGGGUCAGUGUGGAGGUCAGAGCGGCGCAGACAUGCGCGAGGCCUCCUUAGAUCUGCUGCCGGAUCUGAUGAAUCCAGACGAUCUUCUGUCGUACCUGGAUCCUCCAGACCUUCCCAGCAGCAGCAACGACGACCUCCUGUCUCUGUUUGAGAACAACUGAGGCGUCCGACCCCUCGGCUAGCAGCGAAAUGCACUUAGUGUCACUUCCUCUUCCCGCAAAGACCACAGAUUUCAAAACCAGCGCCGACAGACGGGCGGAUGCCGUCAGGAACCACUAUCUCUGCAUCCUUAUUAACAACGGAAAGCGUUUCGGUGUUUUUAAAACCUUUGUCGGCAAGUGACUGCGAGAAAUGAACUCUUUUUUUAGUCAACGCGUGCUAGCGUUUUUCUACUCGCUUCGAUUUUGAUACGAAGACCCAGGCAAGCAUCCGUCCGCCGCCAUCAUGCCGUGUUUCUGUCUAAUAAGCCGUUUUGUUUCUUCGUGGCCCUUCUCGCACGUUUGAUCGAAGCACAGCUCUUACCCGAAACAAAUCACGUCGUUUGGAAACUUAAAGGGAACUAGUUCACUUCUCUUCAUCAUGCAGUCGUAUUAUUUUUGAGACGCUCGUGUAAAUAUUUGUGAAUACAUCGGUUUCUUCGUGUGUGAAACACAUGGGCUGCGUUCAGAAUGCACACUAUUUUAUAUAUUUGCAUUGAAAUAUACAUGUUUGCAUUAGCGCCCAGAAGUUUUUUUAAUGUUUUUGAAAGAAGUUUCUCUUCUGCUCACCAAGUAAGCCUCUUUCUGUCGCGCGAGAAGUCGUGAAUUAUUAAAUCAGAAUUAUGAGAUAAACGCUGAAGUGACGAAAAGUCUGAAAUAUGUCAAUUGUGAGAUAAGAAAUUACGACCUGGCUCAUACAAAACAUCUAUAUCAUCUCAUAAUUUUUAACUAAAGUCAUAAUUAUACGAUUUAAAAAAGUGGGAAUUAUGACGGUCAUAAUUAUGAGAUAAAAAGUCAAAAUUAUUAUAUAUAUUAUAAAUUAUAUAUAUGUCUCAGUUAUGAGAUAAUAAAAAAUUAUGAGUCUUAAAAAGUCAAAAUGAUCUCUGACUCAAAUCAUAAUUAUGAGAUAAAUCUAAAUUAUGACAUGCUUAAGUUAAAACUAUGAGAUAAUUCGUUAAUGAGAUAAAAAAGUAAAAAACGAUCAUUAUUAUAAGAUAAAUAGUUGUAAUUGUGACGCACUAAAUUGAAAAUAUGGCAUUAGUAAAGACUAUGAGAUCAAAAUCCAAAGUUAUGGCAUACUACAUUGAAAUUAUGACACGGUUAUAGUCAUGAGGUAAACUGAAACUGACAGGAUUGAGAUUGAGCUGGAAAUAUAAACUAUACAAUUACUGCUGUCAUAACUAUGACAUAAAAGUAAAAAAAUGACAAAAAUGUUGAAAUUUAAAAAGAAAAAGUGAGGUUUUAAAAAAAAGUAUUAUAAUGUGGACUUUUUAAGCUAAUGUUGAUGUCCUCGUUUUGAUGGAGUAUGUCGUAAUUACAACUUUUAAUCUGAAAAUGACGUUAAUGAGUGGAAACACACUACAUCCAUAUAGAAAUGAUGAUUGUGAGCGCAGCCUGUGUUUAUUUCAGACGGAGCGAGACGGAAAUGCUACGAGACACACUUCCACUUAAGAAAGCAGUACUGUGUAAAGAGGUCGGAGGAGGAUAUUUUACUGAUAUACAGACUUUGGUGUUAAUAUGAGAAAUAUUGUUAAUAUGUAUAAGUAAAUACGACAGCCUUAUGUGAAAUAAAUCUAUACAGGUUUGUUUAUUUGUAGAAAGGGCAGCUGUAUGUAAAAGCUAACGGCCAUCUGAAUCGUUUUUUUAAUAUUAUUUUUUGUUUUGGUAAGUUAUUUUUUAUCGUUCUUAUACUUUAACACUUGCUCCGACGAUUACAUCGCGUGGAGAAAAAUGUUAAACGCAGACAAAGAAUUUCUUGAAUAUGUGACUCGAGUCUUCCCUUUUUUUAUCAAAGGUGCGGAUGAUUUUAAUAUCUGAUUCUGAAUGACUGAGGUCCUGAAAGCUCAAAGGUCUCGCUCGCGCUGGAAAUGAUUAUGUCACGUCAUUUUCACACGGUGUGAAGCAGAAAUAAAGCAUUGGAUUGUGAUUCUUUGGUCCAUGCACUCGUACAAACCUCAACAAACUCCAUGCCCUUCUGAUAUUUAGUGUGUUAUUAAGCCGAAUUAUUGAUUAAAUGAGUUCAUAAACUGCU